AUGAUGAAAAGUGUUUUACAAACUCAUUCUUUGAGAUAAAUUGUAGGUUAACUUCUAGAUAAUUGCUAUGAAGUUUUAAGAGCCUUUUUGGAAUAAGCCAUUCAACAUGAUGAAGUUUCUUAAGAAAACAUCAUUUAAAUUAAUAAAGAUUUGAUGGGUGCAAUAUCCUUCUAUAUUAGCAAUUAUGAAUUCAUUUAGGGUAUUUAUCAAUUCUAUGGUGAUAUAAAGAGUAAACUCAUAGCAAUUCUAAAUUUUUGAGAAAUUUACUAUUCGAAGUGAAACAUUAUAGGAAUAAUUGGGCUCAUUCUAAAGAUUUUACUAUUCGAGAAGUUCAUAGGUUUAUAAAACAAAAGAUUAUUUAGAAUAGCUGAUACUAUUUUGAUGAUGUUUGAUGAAUUUAGUUUGAAUAUUACUAAUGAAGUGUAUUUGAUAGUGAAUUAAAUAAGAAUGGAGUCUAUUUAAAUGAUGAGUUUAUAAUUACAAUAAUCAUAAAAAUAUUGAAAUUAUAUUAUAUUUAUGUAGCCUAAUCAAAAUUAAGCUCCGAUUACAGGAUCCGUUGAGAUUAUUAAAGGUAAAUAACUCUCUUGUAUCUUUAGAUAAACUCUAUUGGAUUUCUGAUAGAUAAGCACCCAGAAAUUAGCCAAAUGCAUUCUAUUUUUGCAUUGAUCAGGUAUUAGAUAAAAUCUAAUUUGUUUUCAGGAUCUUGUGUAUGAGCCCUUUUUUGCAGAUUUUGGUCCAUUAAAUUUAGGUCAUACUUACAGAUUUGUGACAGAAUUAGAGAAAUUACUUGGUGAUAAGACAUAUUAAUAAUAUGCUAUUUAUCAUUAUACAAGUUUGGAUAGUGCUAAAAGAGCAAAUGCUGCCUAUUUGAUGGGAGCAUUUUAAGUGAUAAUCUUGAAAAUGAGUGCAGAUGAUGCAUGGAAACCAUUCCAAUCUGUAAAACCUGCAUUCUAAGAUUUUAGAGAUGCAAGUUAUGGAUAAUGUACUUAUAAAUGCACGGUAUGUUUAUUUAAAUAUUAAUUUAGAUUUUACAUUGUUUAAGAGGUUUAGAAUAUGCAAUAAAGUUGAAAUGGUUUGAUGUUAGAAAAUUCAAUCUUAGAGAUUAUGAAUUUUAUGAAAGAGUAGAAAAUGGAGAUUUAAAUUGGAUUGUUCCUAAUAAAUUUAUAGCUUUCUCAGGACCAUCUGCAACAUAAAAAGAUGCUGAUGGAGUAAGUAAUCAAUCUCUAAUUAGAAUCGUACAUUCACUCCUGAAGAAUAUGUACCAAUCUUCAAAUAAUUUGGUGUGACUUGUGUAGUUAGAUUGAAUAAAAAAGCUUAUGAAGAAUAAAGAUUUAUAAAAAAUGGCAUAAAACAUGAAGAAAUAUACUUUCUAGAUGGUUCAGUUCCAGGAGAUGAUAAGAUUUUAAGAUUCCUUGAAAUUGCUGAAAAAGAGAAUGUGGUGGCUGUACAUUGUAAAGCAGGAUUAGGUAGAACAGGAACAUUGAUAGCAGCAUAUGUGAUGAAACAUUAUAGGUAAAUAAUUUAUUAGAAAAUAUAUAAUAGAUUUCCUGCUCCAGAUUUUAUAGGUUGGAUCCGUAUUUGUAGACCUGGAAGUAUUUUGGGACCAUAACAAAUCUUCUUAUUAGUAAUUUAUUAAUAUUUAUAUUAAUAUAGCAAAAACAAAAUUGGUUAAUCAGUUUAGGAAAAGAUUCUCCUAUAUGGAAUUAAGUUAAAUAGAUUGCAGCUGAAGUCAAUAUAGAAAAGAGAUUAAAAGAUUUACAAUUAGGACCUAUGAGUGAGGGUACAAUAUUUAAUAUAUAUAAAUUUAGCUGAUAGGAACAAGGCAGAAAAAGGUGAUUAAGAUUAGGCUUAAACAUUGAAUAAAGCAAAAAUAAUGAAGUAAUUUAAUAUAUAGCUAAAUAUUUUAGUUAAACAUCAAAUUCCCCUGGUUUAAAAAAAUGAA